AUGGAGGUCGCUAAGGAGAUAUUAGACAAGUACGGCUGUCCAGAGGAGCAAUCGAAAGCGUUCAAACCCUUACCGGCACUCAACGCGACUACCGUGAUUAGAACCCCACCAGGUAGACUUAACUCGACACCGGUGCAGAUACGACCAAGAUUAGCGAUACAGCACUCAACGCCGAUAACGAACAAUAAUCAUAAUUUAGUGCCAGUCAAUACUCCAACGGCUUUGUACAAGGGGCCGCGACUAAAGUCGGAUCAGUUGCCGCGACCGCUCCCAGAUAGAAACCGCUCUGUGUUAGAAAAAGUGGUCGACUAUCUCUUAAAAGACGGACCGAACCAUCGCAUGGCGCUGAUAUGCAGUACCUGCUUCUCAGAUAACGGCAUGGCGAUGGCGGAGGAGUUCGAGUACGUGUCGUACGUCUGCGCGUACUGCGGGAAGCUGAACGCGGCGUGCAAGCAGCGCCCCGCCGCGCCGCUGCUGGCGCCCGCGCGCGCCGUACUGCCCGCGCUGCCGGGUGCUAGCGAUGACUCGUCAGUGGCCAGUUCAAGCGACAGCGAGGAUGAGAAGCAUGACAAUGAUACCAUUAACCCUUUAAGUGGCGGUAAGUGA